AUGUCGAGAGCAGGAGUGCAGCUGACGAUCGAUGAUGAACGGGACAUCCUGUUCGAUGCCGACAAGCCGUUCUCGAUGGUCUACGAGGAGCUCUACCUCGCGGCCAUGCGACGCAACCGGUCGAAGGGGAUGAAGGAGCCGCAGGUCAAGGGCGUCAUCGCCGACAUGGUCCGGCGGCAGCUGCGGCCCAACGACUUCCACCGCCGGCUCAUGACCACCAGCGGCUGCCGCCACGUCCUCACCACCAACUACGACUACAACCUCGAAGAAGCCUGCACCGGUCAGCUGGACCCAGUCGAGCGGGUGCCGUUCGUCAACGAAACGGUUCACUCCCUCUUUCGACGGCACGAGGUGCCGCUCAAGGAAGGGAGCGAUGAUAAGGUGAGCGUGUGGCAUCUGCAUGGCGAGGCGAUGAAGCCCAGCACGAUGCUUCUCGGCUACGAACACUAUGCAUCGUAUUUGAAUAAGGUGCGCGGGUAUGUGGUGGACGGCCUCGCCUACCAGUCGCUGCCACCAGAGUACAACGGCACGCUCCGGCCGCUCGUGCGUCGAGUGGCCAAGCAGACCAAGCAGUCAGGCACGUCCACCACGUCCACGAUCAAACCCCUCAUCUACAGCGCCCAGCACACAUAUCCAUUGGACGUUAUCUCGUGGGUGGACCUGUUCUUUUCAACCGAUCUGUACAUAUUGGGGCACGGAAUGGACAUGGUGGAGCUGCACCUGUGGUGGCUCUUUGUGUUCAGAGCUCGUACCAAAAUCUCGGGCAACAAAUUGCGGAUCGAGAACACUAUCACGUACCUGACGCCCUCGUUUCUCGCGACGACCGAACCGGAGCGCAGGAAGUGCGCGCUGCUCCGGUCCUACGACGUCCACGUGCACCAGGUGCAGGUGCCGCCCAACGACUGGCACGCCUUCUACGACCAGGCCCUCGAACACCUUCGCGCCUCCCGCCCCACUCCCACCUAA